CCACCGCCCCAAUAUAAUCCUGCAAAGCAUAUUUUGUUCGUAUAUGUGCAAUAUUUUAAGAUGAGCCGACUGAUUGUUUUGACGCUGACCGUCACGAUGCUGCAACCGGCACUGGCAAACAGUGUCUUUGAGACUCCAUGGCGGUACGAAUGCUUGCAGGGUUACUGCCAGAAACGGGAAAACACGGAAGCGACUCAAGGUUCAGCAUUGAGCCUUGCGGCCUGCAGGCUUUUUUGUGCGGAAUCGGGGGGAAUAUGGCCAAAACCGAAAGGUGAGGUGACGAUCGGCAACUUUUUGGCAACCAUCAACGCAAACAGCAUUGAUAUUCUGGGGGCCAAGUCGGAAACGCCCGCAUUUGAGUUGGUGAUGGGGGCUGGUCGAAUUUUCCGUCAGCAAGUCGCCCAAUUGCUGCCCAAACAUAUACGGCGACAUGCUGGAGCAAUUCCAGCCUGACAUCUUCCACAUGGGCGGCGACGAAGUCAACUUCAACUGCUGGAACAAAACUGAAAGCAUGGUUAACUGGAUGGCCGCCAAAGGCUGGGGACGAACCGAAAAAGACUUCGUCCGACUCUGGGAUCACUUCCAAAGCCAAGCGGUCCAAAAGGUCUAUGAGAAGGCAGGAAGGCAUAUCCCGGUGGUCAUGUGGACCAGCCACCUGACGCAUAAAGAAUACCUAAGCGACUUUCUCCCCAAAGACCAGUACAUCAUUCAGAUCUGGACCACCGGAGAGGACGAACAAGUACAUGAGCUGUUGACGAAGGGUUACAAAGUGAUCCUAAGCAACUACGACGCGCUGUAUCUGGACUGUGGCUUUGCCGGAUGGGUGGCUGAUGGCAACAACUGGUGCUCCCCAUACAUUGGAUGGCAAAAGGUGUACCAAAACACACCGAAAAAAAUUGCGGGGGAUAAGCACAAGCAAGUGUUGGGCGCUGAAGCGACCUUCUGGACCGAACAAGCCGAUUCGACCUCCUUAGACAGCCGAUUGUGGCCGAGGGCAUCCGCUAUGGCGGAGGUGCUCUGGUCCGAACCCGAAUCCACUUGGAGAGCGGCGGAAAGUCGUUUCUUGAUACAUCGGGAACGAUUGGUGCGCCUGGGCGUUCAAGCAGACGCUUUAGAGCCCGAAUGGUGCACUCAAUAUGAAGAAAAUUGCCCCAUUGGGGGCAAAUUUAACGUAGCCAACAUGUAAUUGGUUGAGUGACGCUUCAGAAUAAUAAGUUGCCAUACAAGCGAUGAUUCAAAAGAUCGAGAUCGUUUAUUACAAUGUUUUUUUUUA